AGGCGUGGUAAGCAUUUGUCAAAGCAACAUGGCGAGCGGGGUGGGCAAACACAAGCUGCUGUCUCUCGGCCCAACGGAACCGUGGUCGGUGCGCGAGAAGCUUUGUUUGGCCUCCUCCGUCAUGAAAAGCGGAGACCAAAACUGGGUGUCGGUCAGUAGGGCCAUUAAGCCGUUUGCAGAACCGGGCCGGCCCCCAGAUUGGUUCUCUCAGAAGCACUGUGCCUCCCAGUACAGCGAACUUCUGGAGACCACAGAAACCCCCAAGCGGAAGCGGGGGGAGAAGGGUGAGGUGGUGGAGACGGUGGAGGAUGUGAUCGUGCGCAGACUCACAGCCGAGAGAAUCGAGGAGCUGAAGAGGUUGAUCAAAGAGACCCAGGAGAAACACAGGAAGUUGAAGAAGGAGGCAGAGCUGAUCCAGGCUGGGCAUCUGGACUCGAAGCUGGACGACCUGUGGGGGGAGAUCGUACAGAAGAAGAAAACAGAAGAGGAAGAGGCGGAGCUUAAGAGAAAGGCCACAGAUGCGGCCUACCAAGCCCGGCAGGUGGUGAAGAACACCCCGAAACGAGUCCCCAGUGUGACGGUGCGUUCCCCCCUGGGGGCCAGCUCCCCCAGCCUGGAGUUCCCCCCGGCGGACACACCCCAACCCCCGCCUGAGGAGCCAGGGCCCCCGGCCACGGCUCCAGGCACGGCAGUGUUUGUGCCCCUGUCAGAGGUGGGCUCGGGCCCCAUCGCCGUGGAGACAGGCCUGGGGGGGCUCCUGGACGACUCCCCCCAGAAGAAGCUCCUGGGGCAGAAGGCCACGCCCCCUCCCUCCCCUCUGCUCUCCGAACUGCUGAAGAAGGGCAGCCUCCUGCCCACCAGCCCCCGCCUGGUUGGAGACGGAGACAUCCCCGGGGGUCAUGUGACCGGAGUGCUUGGACCUGACCUUCAGCUGGUGGCCUCUGCCAUGUCUGUUUCCCAAGCAACAGGUGCUCCCACACUGUCCCGCCUGCUGGAGGCUGGCCCCGCCCAGUUCCCCUCCCCCCUGAGCUCAUUGGCCAGCGCUGACCCGUCCAUCACCCCCCCGACCACCACCACAGCUCCCACACAGGACACCCCAGCCUCACUCAAUGCAGGAGCAGACGCCCGGAUGGGGCCAAUGAGAAGCCCCACGGCAGGGGAGGGGAAGGCGGCCGAACUGGGCGAGGAAGACCUGGUCACCGUGUCCUACAUGGGGGACGAGCUGGACCUGGAGACUGUGGGAGACAUCAUCGCCAUCAUCGAGGAGAAGGUGGAUGAGAACGCGGAGGCGCUGGACGCAGCCGCAGUGGAGGCGGCCCUCUCUCUGUGUGAGGAGGCGGUGGACAGCCACUCCCUCCCGGGCCCCUGGGAGCCGGGGCCCUUCAAACCGCCCGAGUCGGGGCCCCCCUCGGCCAGCUGCGGCCUGACGGACGAAAAGGGCUCCUCCCAGCACGACAGCGCACCCAAUCACGCCCACCCCGCUCCCCACGCCCCUCCCUCCUCCCUCUGCCGGGACCACGCCAACCCCCCGGGGACGGGGCUCGACCCCAGCAUGCAAGGCGGAGCCAGCAGGGGGGAGGAGGGGAGGAGGGAGGGAAGCCCCGCCUCCUCCCUCCUCAGCAUCAAGUGUGAGAGCGAGGAGUGGGGUGUCGGUGACACGCCCCACACAGAAUCCGUGACGGAGGAUAGCUUGGCAUCAGGGAAGCACUCCAAGGAGGUGAAGGAGGAGGAGGGGGGCAGCGAGGGGGAGGACGGGAGCGUGUCGGAGAUGAAGGAGUGCGGGGAGGGGGCGGAGGCCUACCUCUCGGAGGCGGAGCUGGAGCCAGCGGCCAGUGAGAGCGAGGACGGGUACAGCCUCCACACCGCCUCCUCCCUGCAGCUGCACAACAUGGCCGACUCCAUCCCCAGCAGCCCCGCCUCCUCGCAGUUUUCCAUGAGCAGUGAAGACCAGGAGGCCAUCCAGGCCCAGAAGAUCUGGAAGAAGGCCAUCAUGCUGGUGUGGCGAGCGGCAGCCAAUCACAGGUAUGCCAAUGUGUUCCUGCAGCCAGUGACGGAUGACAUUGCACCUGGGUACCACAGCAUCGUCCACAGGCCCAUGGACCUCUCCACCAUAAAGAAGAACAUUGAGACGGGUCUGAUCCGCUCCACGGCGGAGUUCCAGCGGGACAUCAUGCUGAUGUUCCAGAACGCGGUGAUGUACAACAGCUCGGACCACGACGUCUUCCACAUGGCCCUGGAGAUGCAGCGUGACGUUCUGGAGCAGAUCCAGCAGUUCCUGGCCACGCAGCUCAUCAUGCAGACCUCCGAGUCCGGCAUCAGCGCCAAGAGCCUGCGGGGCCGCGAGUCCGCCCGGAAACAGGAUUCUAACGACAAGGACAGUGUCCCCAUGGCCUCUCCUGCCUUCCUUCUCUCUCUCUUUGACGGGGGCAGCAGGGGGCGCCGCUGCGCAAUCGAGGCAGACCUGAAGAUGAAGAAGUGAAUUGUGGGUAAAAACCUGCGGCAGUAUUGUCACACGUCCGUUUCGUCUGCGGUGACCGAGGGGAUCGCUGACGCAAAAAAAAAAGGAAACCGGGAUGAUUUUAUUGGUGGGCCUCCGAUGUCCCAGCUUUUCCAUUGGCCAGAAGAGAAGUGAUGUCACAGUGCCAAGCUCGAUUGAUGUGGAAGGGGGAGGGACAGGAACGGUCUGUGCUGUGUCUUCUCUGAAGGGAAAGUGCGGAAACAGCAAAAACACCAUCCUGUGCGUCUGUUCGUUUUAAAACUAGAAUACAAAAACGGAAAGCAUUUCACUGUAUGUGUCCGUUCCGUGUUGUCCGUAGUAACAGCGUGUCGUUUUGUACGGUCAUAUCACCCCAUGUACAUAUACUGUUAUGUUGCCUGCUCGUGUGUGUUUUUUAACUGUGUAUGUGUCUGAAACAAUAAAUAUGAUCAAGAGAAA